UGGAAUAUUAUUACUAAUGUUUUGAUUCCAGGACUCAGUUGUCAAGAAUCCACCAUGGACGGCGGAGCUUGCGAUAACGUGAUUUUCCUCGCUGACUCUUACAAGAUAUCACAUCACAGACAGUAUCCUCCGGGAACAACUUCUGUGUAUUCCUACUUUGAAUCAAGAGGAGGAAGGUUUCCAUACACUGUUUUCUUCGGUCUGCAGUACAUCUUGAAACGAUGGCUGUGUGGUCCAGUAGUGACAAAGGAUAUGAUACAGGAGGCUAAAGAUCUCUUUGCAGCGCAUUUUAAGAGAGAUGAUGUCUUCAAUGAAGAUGGCUGGAACUAUAUUUUAGAACGACAUGGUGGAAAGUUGCCGUUACGUGUUCGUGCUGUUCCAGAGGGGUCUGUUGUUCCUACCAAAAAUGUCCUUUUCACGGUGGAAAGUACAGAUCCUGUAGUGCCAUGGGUCACAAAUUUUUUUGAGACAAUAUUUGUUCAUGUAUGGUAUCCUAUGACAGUAGCAACCAAUUCCAGAAUACAGAAGCAGAUAAUUCAUCACUAUUUAAAACAAACGCAUGAUCAUCUAGACACAUUACCUUUUCAGCUACAUGAUUUUGGAUACCGUGGGGCAUCAUCUGUUGAGAGUGCAGCUAUUGGGGGAGCUGGACAUUUAGUCAAUUUUAAGGGCACAGAUACGGUAGCUGCUAUCUUACUGUUGAGAAAAUACUACCAUUCACCCAUUGCAGCAUUUUCCAUUCCUGCAUCAGAGCACUCAACAGUUACCACAUGGGGCAGAAAUGGGGAACAAGGAGCCUUUGAGAAUAUGAUGACCUCUUUCCCUAAUGGACCUGUCUCAUGUGUAAGUGAUUCAUAUGACAUAUUUAAAUGCUGCGAAGAAAUUUGGGGAGAGAAGCUCAAAGAUAUGGUGAUAGAGAGGGGGAAAUCAGGUGGCAGCAUAGUUAUCCGUCCAGACAGUGGUGACCCUCCCACUGUUGUUUUGAAAUGCUUGGAGAUCCUUGGGAAAGCUUAUGGAACUGUAGUGAAUGGCAAGGGUUAUAAGUGUCUGCCUCCUUACUUGAGAAUAAUCCAAGGCGAUGGUGUGUCGUACAAAACCAUUGGGUCCAUUUUGGAACAUUUGAAAGUUAAUGGAUGGUCUGCAUCUAAUGUGACAUUUGGCAGUGGAGGGUCUUUGUUGCAAAAGGUUGAUCGUGACACUCAAAAAUGCGCGUUCAAGUGUAGCUACGCUGUCAUAAAUGGUGAAAGUGUGGAUGUGUACAAAGACCCAGUCACUGACCCAGGUAAAACCAGUAAGAAAGGAAGGCUCGCAUUGCAUCUGGUAAAUGGAAAUUAUACAACUGCAAAUGCUGAUGAAGGAGAUCCAGAAGAGGACUUGCUAGUACCAGUGUUUGAGAAUGGGGAGCUACUAAAGGAGUACACUUUGGAGGAGAUACGAGAAAGAGCAGAGUUAAACUUCAGUGACAUUGACAUCAUGAAGUUCCUAGCUGAAGAAAGUAGUUAAGGUAAUUUGGUGUAGCAGCGCUCUUUUAUGUGAUUUUCGAUAUUUAUUCAGGAAGAUGAAUCACAUAUAUCUCCAUAGAAAAGUGAAUCGCAAAGUGCAACAUGAAAGUUAUUCUGGUUGAACCCAGUCUCAGGUAGCAAAGAGCUUAAGUUACCCCGUCCCACAUCAUUUGGUUAAGACAGAUGUACAAAACAGUAUGGCUUACCUGAAGUUUAAGUUUUGUUGAUUGGGUGAGAUUGAGACUUUAAAAUUAUAAAGUGUUCCAUGUAUAUUAAAGAUAUUAACAUUCCCUUUGUGUAUUUAGUAGUCUUAAGGGGUUAGACUCAUGGGUACAAUUCAGUAUUUUAUAAAAAAAGAUAAAAAGAAAGUGUCAUUUUCUCACAUCAGUAGUCAGAAGGUUCAAAACGCCUUUGCUGCCCGAAGAUGAGAGGGUGUUAUUUUUUUACUCGGUUUCUUCAAAAGUACAAGAGGCAAUGUUAUCGUUAUCAAAAGCUUCUCUCCAUAGUGCUCCAAGUCUCCUUUUGGUUCUGUUAGUAUCCAAAGGUGUCAUUGAUAACUUUUUCAAUCUUAUGUUAAGCAGAGUAAGAAUACAAAGUGUUUUGAUACAGUGAAUUAGGUUGAUCUAGAAGCACACUUCAGAUUUCAUGUUUAUCGAGUUGUAUUGUUACAGUAAUUUCUUUGUUGCAGUAACAAUACAAUCUAGUGAUGUGCUUGAUGUGAGUAGUACUGUAAUGUUUUUUUAUCUUUUUUUAUCUUGUUCCAGUACAUAUUCCCUUUGAGAGCCUAGAAAUGUGACUCACUAGUGUUUUUAAACUAAUUUGUCAUAAUAAUAAUAAUAGAUUCCUAACUCGAAAGGUACCAAGUAUUAUUAUCAGAGUGGUGAACAGUGUUGGAUAAUAUGAAACUAUUGAUUCCACAUCUCUUACCAUUAACAUUUUGUGCUCAAAAAUGAUAGGACUAGUUGUUUGUUCUGUGAAUCAAUUUGAUUGUUAGAAAGUUUGAGCAAUACUUGUAGACAUUUAGGUAGUUGGUAAUUACAGUAUAUAACUAGCGGAACCAACUAGCAUUAAUGUUAUGGGAUGAUAAAGUAAAAUGUUUAAACUUCUUUUCAGCAUGCAAGUGAUUCUCAGGUAGUUUGAGACAUGCUAAAUGACUUAAUCAGUAUCUCAUGUCUUUUAGAGAAUUUUCUCUCUGUGCCACUAAUUUUUACAAAUUAUGAAGAGUUUUUUAGAUGUUUCUAAAACUUAAGGAAGCUUACCACUCAGGAGUGAAAUGGAUAAAAAGAAAACUUCAAUUCACUGGCAAUUUCUACUUUCAAAAACAAAUUUGAAUAAUCCAACUUUUCAAUUGGCAAAUUGCUUAACUUUACACUAUUUUACCAGACCAGUCCUGUGGGAUUGAAGUAUAUAUGCUAUUAUAUUUUUGCCAGUGGUUAGGUUAGGUUACUUUACAAAUAAGAAUUUUAUGUGUAGUUUGAGUAGGUUGUAUUUUUGUUAUUAGAUGAAAUUUCUAAGAGUACCAUAGGUAUAUUGAAUUCAGUGAAAGUUGAAACUGUUAUUGAAGUAAUGUUGUGUAUGUUGGGAGUAACUUCUGGUGGUAUUUAGAAUUAUGUAUUGCCUUCUUUCUAAGCAUGACAUAAUUUUAACUCCACAGGUAACUUUAAUUUUGUAUACAUUUAUGCUCAUUAUAAUCAGCUCUAUUUGCUCCAUAUACCAUAAGACAAUCCAAAAAAACUUUAACAGGCUCUACUGGGCUUCACUGGGCAAUGCAAAAAGGACAAAGAGGUUAAGGUUCUCUGAUUGGCUCAAUUUUUCUGAAAUGGUUAACAGUAAAACCUUAUACUACUAACAAAGACGAUGUAAUGCUGGGGUCAAGUAUAAUAUUUUGUGUUACAAAAAUUUAGGAAAAUAAGCAAGAUUGAACCAAUUAUUUUUCUGCUCAUUAGCAGAAGAACGUCAUAGCAAAGAAUUUAUGCCUCCAUUUAGUCAAGUUGCAUUAAUGGGGAUCAUGUGACACUGCGGUAAAAGGAUUUGUUUUGAUCCUUCUGCUGGAGUGCAGAAUGAAGUCUGCGUGUAAGUUCUCAAUUAUGGUGGUUGUAGUGUUGCUAGUGACAAAUAUUGUCACCGUUACUCAAAGUCCAGGAAGUUGGUGUUGAGACAUUUUAAGCUGCCUCUGAGUGUAUCUAGAUACAGUCUAUUUGUUUUUAUAGUAUAAUCUUAGUGAUCAUUGCUAGUCAGUUGAAAUUUAAGUACUGGAUACAGUUGGAGAGAAAUUAAAUGGAAGGUAGCCCCAUCUAAGAUGGGUAAAGAUUUACAGAUAUUGUAGAGAGAGGGAGAAAAAUCAUAAUUUAAAUAGCUCUCAGGAUAUACAGAGGUACAGUAUGAUACUGAAAAAGAAUCAGAACCAUUUCCAUUUUUGUCUCUUAUUACCAUCUUCAGUUUUCAUAAGCAUUAAUGUAUGUCUGCAAGCUUUGUGUACGAGUUCAUCCAUCAUAUGAGAGAAUCAGAAGUUGCUGAACUACAGAAAUUCAAUGAUUAGUGAAAAUGUAUUGUUUCACUCAGCUUGGUACUGAAUGAAAUUUUAUUUUUUUAUUUUGCUGCUUCUGUCAUGUAUUGCUGCGUGCAGUUCAGCAAGUAAUAAUGGACAGUUCUGUACCUUUCUAUAUUAUCUUGAUAUGAUUAAGUCCCUUGUUUAUUUUGUUGUGCUGGCAUGCCAUUAUCAUCAACAAAGAUCCUGAUAUAUUUUUGUCGAAUGUUUUGGGAUGAACAAUGCCACAGUUUAUGCCAGAGGUAGUUUUCCAGUCACAUGAUUAAGCACUGCGUGUUUUCAUUAUGCAUUUUUAUUUUUAUGGCAAAAUUUAUACUCUAUAACCAAUAUUCAUUUUUGUAUAUGACCAAAAAUAUUUGUAUAGCUAUGAAAUAUAUUUUUAAAAGGGGUUCUUGAUAGUUUUAAAAUAAGUGCUUUUCCAUAGAAAAUCACACAUUUUUAUUGAUAAAAAAUCUUUUUAUAGUAGAUGGUUAGGUAAAAGAGAACUCAAGGCCAUCAAUAAUUUAAAUAUCUGUAGCUUGAAUGGUUUUUGAAAUGUUUGCUUGUAGUCAAGCUAUAGUUGUCUUAUACGCAAUAAUGCUAUAUGUAUAUAUUAUGUGAAUGUCAUUGAAGACAAUUUUAAUCUGUUAAUAUUGUUUAUUAAUUGGAUAAGGUUUUUCUUGAAGUUGGUUCCUAUUAGUAUCUUACAUAACAAAAUUGAUUCUGAACAAAAGAGUUCAUCAGGUGUUGGAGGGAAUAGAUGAAGCCAUAUUCAAAGUCACACAAACAUGUUUAUAUCAAUUUCUGUGUCAUUUUCUCCACCCAAACUAUUAGUUUUUAGUUCAGGAUUUAGUUCUAUUUUACAACUAUGCAAAUGUCAUAGAAUUUAGGUCUUCAUAAAACUCAUUUUUGUACAGGAAGCAGUUCAAAAGUUUUAUAAAGCGGCUAAUUCUUAUAGAUGACAAAUGUCAGAGGUAUAAUGCCUUUUUGGUACUACAGUACAUACUACCUGUAUUUGCUGAAAUAUCAAAUCUUCAAAUAUGUAUGAAGGGAAUUUUGAGAUUUUAUCUGUAAGCUUAGAAACAGGUUGUGAUACUAGUUGAAUUCCACCACCAGUUGGCCUGUGAAGUAUAGAUAUUAUACAGUACUGUAUUUGUAAACCUGUGAGGAGUUAUAAAUUUGCGGCUAUUAAUUUUAUUCCUAAGAAACUGUCUGUUAACUUCUUCAUAAAGUCUACUGAUGAGAUAUUCAUUGCGUUAGUUAGAGACCAGCAUCUUCAGUAUAGAUAUACUUCUCAACUAUAGCAUGUUUGUCCCCCCACAGAGAAACUCAGCAGAGUCCCCUAGAGAAGGAUGGUACAGUACCUGAAGUAUAAAGUUGUAUGUAGAGUCCCUAUGACCGAAAAGACCUUUGGAUCCCAACCAAGAGACCAAGAAUGUAACUUGACUAAACCUAUGCUUGGUUGAAAUGGAGCCAUUGAUUGAUUGAUAAUAAUACGUAGUAAUAAUAAAAAAAAGUAAACUGACAUGGCUGACAAACAAAAGUUAUUAAGGUUGUUUGCGACACAUCCUGGAGCUUUCUUGCAUAUGACACCUGGAGCAUAGGUUAGCAGGCACAGAGGUGCCUCACUGUGUCAGAUAUACUGAGUUUUGAAGCCAUAUCUGGAUCCAAAUACGUAGUACUUACUCAACAGUGAUUAACUAUGUUCCUAAAGAUAUAGAUUUUGUUUUUUCCUUCAGAUUUGUUACGUAGGCUUUUUGUUUUAAUUCUUGAAUUUUCUUGAUUCCAUAAGUUUUACGGGUUGAAGAAUUGACAGUUGAUGAAGAUUUGCUGUGCAUGUAGAGUAGCAUAUUCAAUUCAUCUCUUUGUUAGAGUGGAGUGUGUUUAUGGGCUGUGAAUUUGAUAAUGUGUUGACAUGAAUUUCUAUUUACUGCAUAAACAGAUUGGUAAUUUGAUCAUAUUUUUGUGUUCAUCAGUUGGGUUGUGGACCUUUAAAAAAUUUUACAGGUCACGUUCAUACAAAAUAUGAAAUCUGAAUGUACCUAGGUUUAUGAUUGAAUUAACAUUUCUCGAUGAUUGAUUAAGUACUGCAGAAAGAUUUUUAUUUUCAUUGUGAAAUGAAGUAUUUAAUGAUUAAUUGUAUGCAGUUACACAAGGCUUGAAUCUGGCUUUAAACUGUUGCAUCAGAGUCACUUACAAUAUAAAAUAUUUCAAGAAGUCCUUUUGAAUAAACCAGUUUUUAAUCUGGGAGUUAAAUGCUUAGUACUACUUGUAAACAAAGAAAAAUAAUUUAAGCCUGAUAUUAAAUGACAGCAAGUGUGGAUGAAUUAUAUUGUAAAUUUGAUUGUGCAAGAUUAUCUUGGAUUUAGAAUUGGUAGAUAAUAACUUAUUUAAAUACAUGACGCUGAGAUUCUGCCGAGUCAUGUCCGAUCAUUGUUAUGAAGAAGUGAGCAGCCUCAUCCUUUUAUUGUGUUAACUUAAUUUUACUUAAGCUUGUGGUUCUGUAGUAGUACUUCUAUUGAACCGUACUGAAAUAGAUUUCUAAAUGGUUUUGUACUUAAUAUUUUACAUUUAAGGUAAGGUUGUCACUUACACUAUCUUAAGUGGUUUUUAUUAUGUAUUCUGUUGAAACAAAAUGUACUUAAAUUUUUAUCAUGUAUGACAAUUAAUUUUUGGUAUUCCCCGGGGUACUGUACAAGUCAUGAAUAGAAUACUAUUGAUAGAUUAAGCGAAUUUGUAAGUGCAGUGUGGAAAUGGUGAAUACAAAAUGUAUUCAGUGAUGUUGUGUUUGUUUUUAUGUAUGGAAUUGGUUAAUGUGUGGUAAUAUAGUCUUUGCAUCACAUAAGCUAUGAUUUUAAUUAGCUUAAGUCAUUAAAAAGUUUCACAAUCGCUGUAUAAAUUUAUAGAAGUUUUUUUAUGUGUUAAUCUGUUGAGUAAAGUCACGUCACACGUGAAUUGAACUGCACUUGAGACUUUUGGUAUAUUGAGAUAAUUUAUCAUCGAAUGAUUCACUAAAUAUUUUUAGAGUUUUAUUUAGAGUUUUUUAAAUAAAGGAGGAAAUACAUAUAA